AUAUUUUUAUUUCCAUAUUUGGGUUGCGGGCUUUAUAUUUUUCUGGAAAUUUGUCGUAAUAUCAAUUAAAAGAAACCGCACAAAAUGUUGUGUAGUGAUUAACAAGUGGUCGACGGGAGAAGUUGAGUCGAAUUUUGACACGCGGAGACAAUUGUUAGUUCUCUCAUCAAUCCAGCUUGUAGGACCUUCCAGCACUAAAUCGAUUAUCUUUUACGAAUUCAAACGCAUUUAGAAAAUGAGCCGAUUACGCCAGUCAGGGCCAGCCACCCUCUUUUUAGUGGCCGUCCUGUUGUCUUACUCCGGCCCAGCCGAAGGUGGCCAGACAACACAAAGAUUUCCGUCAACUCAAAACAACACCGGAAGUGAAUGGCAGACUCUUGAAAAUUUGGAGGAAGGAAGUAACGAGGAGAUGCGAAUGGUUGGCAGUGACGUCGCUCAACGGAAUCAGUACCCCUACAUGGUAUCAUUGGGGCGUAAAAACAAUGACCGCAUUCAUAAAUUCUGCGGUGGCUCAUUAAUCAGUUGGAAUAAAAUCUUGACAGCGGCUCAUUGCGUUACCGAAAGAAAAUCUACCCAUCCAAAAGACCCUAAGAACAUGAUCGUCUUAUUGGGCGUGCAUGAACUGAGCGGAAAACGGAACGACGCCCAGCUGUCGAGAAACGUCGUCAAAAUCAAAAUCCACGAGAAAUACAAUCCCAAACAUUGGUUCAACGACAUCGCCAUCCUGACGCUAGAGAAUCCCGUCAAGUUUACCAAGACAAUCUCGCCCGUCUGUUUGCCUCCGCAAGGAUCCGACGAUAGUUACGAAGGCAGGUUGGUGUUCGUCAAGGGCUGGGGACGUACAAAGGAAGGCGGAAAGGGCUCGGAUUUCCUUCGUCAUAUUUCCAAAAGAAUUCUUAACCAAUCCAAAUGUCGCCAAAUUUAUAACUACAGACCUUACCCCAGCCACAUGAUGUGCGCUUACGAGCCCGGAAAAGGAACUUGCCAAGGCGAUAGUGGCGGUCCACUCGUCGUCAAAUCGACUGGACCGAAAUGCAAAUAUGAACAAGUUGGAAUCGUCAGCUGGGGGAAAGGAUGUGCUAGAAGUGGAUACCCAGGCGUUUUCAUGAGAGUGACGUCGUUUCUGCCCUGGAUCAAGAUGAACACGCAAAAUUAAACCACGCCCUGUUUGAUUAGAAUAUUACGUUGCUGGUUUCCAUGGUCCCGAUUGACUGGUGUAUAAUACAUUCGACCAAACCGGCAUUGAUUUUCCGUCACCAAAUAAA